GACUAUCGUCUAGUAGUAUGCACACAGUGUGUGUUCCGACGCAGCAUAAGUGAGUGAGUGAGAGAAAGAGAGGCAGAGGACUGUUUUACAUUACCACGAGGUUUAGAAACUGAUGUUGGAGUAAAGGUCAUAUGAUGCCUAAAGGCGUAUAUUGAGUAAAAGAGAGAGACCAUAAGGUUAUCACUUUGUUUUACUCUUUGUUUUACUUUGUUUUACGGAGUGAUACCAAGUUUAUACCAGGUUUAUAUCAGGUGUAUAAAAUUUUUUUCGAACAAAAUAAGCAAAAUGGAGUAUAUUACAGUUCAUGAUGCGGAAAAGGAUAAAGCAAUAAUCUUGUGUUGCGAAUGUGGAACACCAAUUGAACCAAAUCCUGCUAAUAUGUGCGUAGGAUGUUUGCGUACUCAUGUUGAUAUUACAGAUGGUAUUUCAAAACAAGCGACUUUACAUUUCUGUAAAGGCUGUGAAAGAUAUCUCCAGCCACCCGCUGAAUGGAUUCAUGCUGCAUUGGAAUCAAAGGAGCUCAUGUCAUUAUGUUUAAAGAAGCUAAAGGGAUUAAAUCGUGUAAAAUUAAUAGAUGCCAGUUUUGUAUGGACAGAGCCACAUUCCAAGAGAUUAAAAGUAAAGCUGACUGUCCAUGGGGAAGCAAUUGGUGGUGUAGUUUUACAGCAAAUAUUUGUAGUUGAAUAUAUCGUGAAUCACCAAAUGUGCGAUGAUUGUCAUCGUACAGAAGCUAAAGAUUACUGGCGUGCAUCUGUACAAGUUCGGCAAAAAGCAACAAACAAAAAAACUUUCUUCUACUUAGAACAACUUAUAUUAAAGCACAAAGCACAUGAACAAACACUUGGUAUAAAGCCCAUUCAUGAGGGUUUAGAUUUCUUCUAUGCAAAUGAAGCCACAGCUAGAAAAAUGGUUGACUUUUUACAAACAGUCAUACCAUGCCGUUAUCAACAUUCAAAAAAGUUGAUAUCGCAUGAUAUUCAUAGUAAUAUAUACAACUACAAAUUUACAUACAGUGUUGAAAUCGUACCAAUCUCCAAGGAUAGUGUGGUUUGCCUACCACGAAAGUUAACUCAGCAGUUGGGUGGAAUCAGUCCUAUUUGUUUGGUACACAGAAUUACAAAUUCUGUGCAUCUUAUGGAUGUUUCAUCAGGGCAAAUUGCUGAAGUUAGCGCGACUGUCUACUGGAGACAUAAUUUCUACAGUAUAUGUAAUCCGAAACAAUUAACGGAAUACGUCGUGAUGGAUAUUGAGCAGAUAAAACACGAAGACAAAAAGAUUUUUCCAGGGCAAGGGACUAUUUCUAAUAAACACGUUAUAGCGGAUGUAUGGUUAGUGAAAGCAUCUGAAUUAGGAAUAAACGAUAACCCAACUCACGCACGUACACAUUUAGGACACGUGCUUAAACCUGGUGAUUCGGUUCUCGGCUACGCCUUGAAAGAUAGCAAUAUUAACGAUACUAACUUCGACAAAUUAAAUGGAGAUAUAAUACCUGAUAUCAUCUUAGUGAAAAAGUUUUACGGUUACGAUAAAGCCGCCCGUCGCAGAGCAAGAGUAUGGAAAUUAAAACAUAUUGCCGACGAAGUAGUCAGCAUGAGUACAGAAAAUAACGAAUAUAAUGAAUUCCUCGAUGAAUUAGAGGAAGAUCCGGAAUUAAGGCAAAACAUCAACAUAUUUAGAGACACGAGGAAACAAAUUCCCGUUGACACUAACGAAAUUGAUCCAAGCAUUCCGCAAAUUACACUGGAGGAAAUGCUCGACGAUCUUAUAAUCGAGGAUGUUGAUAUGGCCGAAGUUUAUGAAUAAUGUAUAUUUUAUAAAAUAAUUUGUAUUUCUCAUAAUAUAAUCGAAAAGAUUGUAUUAUUUAAUAAUACAAUCUUUGUAUUAUUUAAUAAUACAAUCUUUUCGAAAAUAUGAAUUUUUCGAAGUAGGGCGCCUUUUUUUUAGAAAGAUAUGUUUCUUAAGACGUACUUUAACUAUGUGCAUGAGUUAUAAGUAGUUGUACGAUUAUUUUUACUAUCUAAGCUGUUUGUUGAAUUAUCUGAUAAUUAUUAUCACGUUGUUUUCUAGUAGUGAUAGAUCCAUCUUGAUUAUGUAAAAGUCCGUUAUCAAUAAAAAUGAUAAGAAUAAAAUCUCAACCUAUACAAGAAUAA